AUGAGCAUGGUGUGUUUCGAUGUCAGCGGUCGUAUUCGAAAAUUUUAUUCGCCUGAAGAAAUUCUUAAGAUACAAUUUACGGACGAUAAUGAUGAUAAGGAUGCAACUGCUAUUGACUUUGAUGAUUCUCAUAAUGAUCAUGGAUAUGAUUAUUUGAUGAAUGUUUCAGCGUGGAGCUUUUGUGUAGAAGGC